GUACCCCCGACCCGCCUUCAACAGCCACAUCUCGAAUCCUCUCUUCCUUUUUUUUUGUUUUUUUAAUUAUAUAAUUUUUAAUUUACUAAAUUCGAGUUUUUAUUAAUCCGGACCGUACGGAAACCGCACAGAAUUGCCAGACAUGGGCGUUCCAGCGUUUUACCGGUGGUUGGCAGAUCGGUAUCCGCGGUCGAUUGCUGACGUGGUGGAGGAGGAACCGGUGGUGGACGGUAGCAGAGUUGUUGUCCCUGUUGACGUGUCGAAACCUAACCCUAAUGGCAUAGAAUUUGAUAAUAUGUACUUGGAUAUGAACGGGAUUAUUCAUCCUUGUUUUCAUCCCGAUGGCAAGCCUGCACCUGCCUCUUAUGAUGAUGUAUUUAAAUCUAUAUUCGAUUACAUUGACCAUAUAUUCUCAUUGGUUCGUCCUAGAAAGCUUCUCUAUAUGGCAAUCGAUGGAGUGGCACCGAGAGCUAAAAUGAAUCAGCAGCGUUCUCGGCGCUUCAGAGCUGCAAAGGAUGCCUCUGAGGCUGAAGCUGAAGAAGAAAGAUUAAGGAAAGAAUUUGAGGAAGCUGGGAAAAUCUUGACUCCUAAAGAAAGGCCUGAAACUUCUGAUUCAAACGUCAUCACUCCUGGCACACGAUUUAUGGCCGUGCUCUCAGUAGCACUUCAGUACUAUAUACAAUCUAGGUUGAACCACAACCCAGGCUGGCGGUUUACAAAGGUUAUACUUUCUGAUGCAAAUGUUCCUGGUGAAGGAGAGCACAAAAUCAUGUCUUACAUUCGGUUUCAGCGGAACCUUCCUGGUUUUGAUCCAAAUACUCGGCAUUGUCUUUAUGGCUUAGAUGCAGAUUUGAUUAUGUUGUCUUUAGCCACACAUGAGGUUCACUUUUCAAUAUUAAGAGAGGUGAUUACUUUUCCAGGGCAACAGGAAAAAUGUUUUCACUGUGGUCAAGCUGGUCAUUUGGCAGCUGAGUGUCAUGGUAAACCAGGUGAUAAUGCUGCAAAUGGGAAUGGGGUGGAUGAUACUCCAAUUCACAAGAAGAAGUAUCAGUUCCUAAACAUUUGGGUGUUGCGAGAAUAUUUGCAAUAUGAUUUGGACAUACCUAAUCCACCAUUUCCAAUAAACUUUGAGCGAAUAGUGGAUGAUUUUGUGUUUCUAUGUUUCUUUGUUGGCAAUGACUUUCUGCCACAUAUGCCAACAUUGGAAAUCAGAGAGGGUGCUAUAAAUUUACUGAUGCAUGUUUAUAGAAGGGAGUUCACUGCCAUUGGUGGUUAUCUUACAGAUGCUGGUGAGGUUUUGUUAGACAGAGUAGAGAAAUUCAUCCAGUCUGUUGCUGUGUAUGAAGAUCAAAUCUUUCAGAAGAGGACUCGUAUACAACAGGCUAUGGAGUAUAAUGAGAGUCUUAAAGCAAGAAGAGAGUCUGCUGAAGAGCCACUGGCACCAGCUGAGGACAAGGUUAAAUUGGGGGAGCCUGGGUAUAAAGAUAGGUAUUAUGCCGAGAAGUUUGAUUUGUCAAAUCCACAGGAGAUUGGUCAAAUUAAGAGAGAUGUGGUUUGGAAGUAUGUGGAAGGUUUAUGUUGGGUUUGCCGCUAUUACUACCAAGGUGUCACCUCUUGGCAAUGGUUUUAUCCAUACCAUUAUGCUCCAUUUGCUUCAGAUCUUAAAGAUUUGUCCGACUAUGAAAUAACUCUGUUUCCAGGAGAACCUUUUAAGCCUUUUGAUCAGCUUAUGGGAACCCUGCCAGCUGCAAGUUCCAGUGCUUUGCCAGAAAAAUACAGAAAUUUGAUGACUGAUCCUUCAUCACCUAUCUAUAAAUUCUAUCCUUCUGAUUUUGAGAUUGACAUGAGCGGUAAACGCUUUGCAUGGCAGGGUGUUGUGAAGUUGCCAUUUAUUGAUGAGAAGAAGUUGCUUACUCAAACAAAGAAGCUUGAAGCGUCUUUAACGGAAGAAGAACAGUUUCGAAAUAGUGUGAUGCAUGAUUUAUUGUAUGUUAGUGCUGAUCAUCCUCUGUCUCGACAAAUUUAUUCAUACUAUCAGCAUAACUAUCAGUUACCUCAACAUGAAAGAUGUUAUUGGAUGAUUGAUACAAAUGCCAGUGGUGGAAUGAAUGGAUACAUUUGGUUGUAUGAGAGGAAUGUACUAUGUAGUUUCGUCCCUUCACCUGUCAGGGGAUUACCACACAUAGAGUGUAACCAAGUUUUAAACAUUUCUUAUCAUAAUCCUGCAAAGCAUAAACACAUCCCAGAACCUCCUGAAGGUGUAAUCAUGCCUGAUAAGAUCUUAACUGAUAUAGACAUUAAACCAUUUCCUACUCUGUGGCAUGAAGAUAAUAGCCGGCGUCAACAAGGCAGAGACAGGCCACAUUUACCUGGAGCAAUGGCAGGCCCUAUGUUGGGAGAGGCAGCUCAUCGUCUUGUUAAGAACACACUUAACUACAAACCUAAUGGUUCUGGGUUAAUUGAGCAACCGGUGUACUGUAAUAUCCCAUAUGCAGUACCUAGACCUAGACCAGCUGGACCCUCUGGAAAUGAGAGGGUUUCUGGUGAUGACCCAAAUUCUAAUUGUGGAUAUUACUAUUAUAUGCAAGGCAUAGUAAAUAACUCUAGAUCUCCCAAUCCAUCAAAUGGUGUACAAGGAAACAGACACAAUCCAUCAAAUGGUGUACAAGGCAACCGAAACAACUCCAGGAUGCACGACAGAUAUCAAUCCCAAGAACAGUAUGGUGAUAUGAGGACUGGUAUGUCUGAUUUGAGAAUAGCAGAAAGUGUCAGAAGUAGGCCUCCUGCAGGGAUGCAAUACAGAAUGCCUAAUCCAGCAUACUCUGGGAAUUCAAACCAGCAGUUUGUGCAGAACAUGAAUCCACUUCCAUCUCCACCCACAAACUGGAUUAAUAAACUAUUGGGUGGCAACAGUAGAAUGUUAACUAAUGGAAUAUAUGAGAAGCAGCCAGUGAAGAUGGUUUAUCAGGCCAAGACAGAAGAUAUUAUGAAGCAACAGUGACUUUCGUGGGUUUGGUUAAACUUAUCUGCUCUUUUGCAUUGGGUACCCCUUCUGUAGUAGUAGUUGUGUGGCCAUUUUAAUCUUUGUUGUAAGGACUAUGUUUCAGGAAACAUACCAGAUCUGUCUGAUGGGGUGCUGCAAAUAGACAGCAGGAGGUGCAAAUUAGUGUUAUAUCUUUCGUUCCCUCGCUCAACAAAUUUGCUGUCAAUACCAGAACAACAUUCAAAAAUCAGACAAAUUUGGAAGGUGAGGAUUUGUAUUACACAAUGUAAUUGUCAUUGCAGGCUUUCAGUAAUAGAUUUUCUAAUUCUUUUAUGUUAGGGAUGAUGUAUACAAAGGAAACUUCAACUACAGUCCUGUACUGGUUUUAGUAUUCAAGAUGGAGCAAAAUCAGCCAAUGCAGCUGAUUUUUGUUUCAAGCGAGAAGAUGUAAACCACUGUGUAUGUAUGUGCUUAAAUCUCAGUGUACUUUUUAGUUACCAGAUGUUUAAUGAGACUUUUUUUUUUUUUUAAAUUACUGGAUUUGUUAGAAUUCAUUAGAAAGGAUUUAUGGAGAUGCUUCUACUUGUCCUUUUAA